UCUAUUGGUGCAUUUAUUUUUUACACUAUUUAAGCGCUCUGGGCAUAUGAGGAAGAACUUCCUAUCAAAAUAACUUUCAAAUUAAAAGUAAUUACUCACAUACAUACCGAACUGAAUAACGCACAUAAUUACGGCAUCCCCAUACACGCGCACAAGCAGUUUAACGAAUCGCACGUAAAAUGCGGUAAAUUUGCACGGACGCCGGGAGACGAUGCUCUGUAGCUUUAUCUGACCUAUCGAGAAAUAUCCAAUCCCGUGCCAUGACGAAAACUCUAAUUCAUUGGAAUUAGUAGGCUACAUGGAUUUCUACGGACCAAUGUCACGGCACAUGUAACAGAUACAGGGGUUGAUAUCAGGCACGAGAGCUCAUUUCGGCUAGGCUACAUCUCAUUCGUAGCCUAGAUAAAUUCGGUUUCUGCAUGAUCAUUUACACCGGUACCCGCAACAAGACCAGCUGAUCCCCUACGAGGCAACUAGUUAGCCUGCCAUAUAGGCUACUACUCCAGUGCAGCAGUCGGCUUCACUGACCGUGGGUCCAAGAGCUGGAAAAUACCAUUGCUGGUUUUCCGGUGUUGUGGAAACUAAUUCUGACAUAAUUUAACUUUUCUAACCACGAAUUCUGACGCCUGGACGUGUGUUCCAAUAACGCCUGUGUUAGGAUUGUCUUUACAAGAAGACUGUGAAAUCAUCAUAUUCACAUGGGCGAAGCCAGGGCUCGGUUCUGCUUUGGCUGGACCCGAACUCACUGUCAAGACAACGGUGCGCUUUUAGAACCUGAGAGAGAGCGGGAGAUACAAUAUGCUGAAUUAUUUGACCAGUUGGACCUCAAUAAAGACGGGAGGGUCGACUUUAACGAGUUACGAAUCGGACUUGCUGCCAGGGGGUUACUUCUGAGUGACGCGGAGGAGAUAGUGCGUGAGAGCGACACCAACCACGAUGGCUUGUUGGACUUGGAGGAGUUCUCUCAGUACCUGCGGGCCCACGAGAGAGAACUGCGGCUCAUGUUCCAUAAACUGGACCGCAACAACGAUGGACACAUCGAUGUGGGCGAGAUUCAGCAAUCACUGAAUAACCUAGGAGUGAAAGUCUCAAUGGAGCAAGCAUCCAGAAUCCUUCAGAGCAUGGACAGGGAUGGCAACAGGACCAUUGACUGGAACGAGUGGCGAGAUCACUUCCUAUUCAACCCCCUACACAACAUGGAAGACAUAGCCCACUACUGGAAACAUUCACAUAUGUUUGACAUUGGGGAGCACCUGACCAUUCCAGAUGAGUUUUCUGAGCGGGAACGGCGGUCAGGGCUGGUAUGGAGGCAGCUGGUUGCCGGGGCGAUGGCCGGAGCGGUGUCAAGGACUGGGACUGCGCCACUUGACCGGCUUAAAGUUUUCCUACAGGUGCAUGGCUCCAGCUCGCGAGGGAUCAACAUAUGGACGGGCCUGAAGGGGAUGGUCCAGGAAGGGGGUGUGCGAGCCCUCUGGAGGGGCAACGGCAUCAACGUGCUCAAAAUAGCCCCCGAGUCAGCCAUCAAGUUCAUGGCCUACGAACAGAUCAAGUGGUUUAUUCGUGGUAGUAAGGAAGGGGCCAGUCUGCGGGUACAGGAAAGGUUCCUAGCUGGUUCUCUGGCCGGAGCCACUGCCCAAACCAUCAUCUACCCUAUGGAGGUCUUGAAGACUCGUCUGACCCUCAGGAAGACUGGACAGUACUCAGGCAUGGCUGACUGUGCCAAGCAGAUCCUAAGAAAGGAGGGGGUACGAGCCUUCUACAGAGGCUACGUACCCAACACACUGGGAAUCAUCCCCUACGCUGGCAUAGACCUGGCUGUCUAUGAGACCUUGAAGAACACCUGGCUCCAGAGGUACAGUAUAGGCUCAGCUGACCCUGGUGUGCUGGUGCUGCUGGGCUGUGGAACUGUGUCCAGCACCUGUGGCCAGCUGGCCUCCUACCCUCUGGCCCUGAUCAGGACACGCAUGCAGGCCCAGGCAACAACUGAGGGAGAACCCAAGCUGUCCAUGGUUGGUCAGUUCAAACACAUCAUGUCACAUGAAGGGGUACCUGGGCUCUAUCGGGGCAUCGCCCCUAACUUCCUGAAAGUCAUUCCUGCUGUCAGCAUCUCCUAUGUGGUAUACGAACACAUGAAGAAAGCCCUGGGUGUGGGCUCGUAGACAAAGACGUGAGAAAGUGUGGAGUUGAGAAAAGGAGAGGGAGAAUCUGAUUAAAGCAGUUUAGUAGCAGGUUGGCAUUAAGACCGUCAGGAAACACAAGAUAAGACUAUGAUAUAGCCAUAUAGGGUAGGUAUGGUGAACGGAAGCCACCAUCUUGCCGUAUUUAGAUACAGUAAGCACCCCAUACCUAAGUAUUCUUAUCUCUCAGCCAAUCCCAUUAAAGUAAGUGAAGAUCCAGGGAUUUAAUUACACUGACCUGAGGUCUGCAGAGGAGAAAAUGAUGCGUCAGAGGUAGCUUAGAGACGAGAGAAAGAGAGAGAGGGAGAGGGGAAAGAGAGUUUCAAAAGACUGAAGAAUCUGGGCCAUUCCAUCUCUCUGCAGCCCCCUCCUUCCCCCAUAUUGUCUGUUUUCUAUGUAUGCCCCAUCACCGUACACUGUAUGUUUUGCAUCAACCCAAAAAGCAGAGCACAGUCUGUUCCAUAGACAGUCUUCUCUGUUUCCAUGAAUUCUAGUACACUGUAAAUGGAGAACAAAUGAUAGAAAUACAUUUCUAAUUUAACAGUGGCAGAUUCACGUUGACAAUUGAUUGAU